UCAUCAUACAUGACUACUGAAACUUUAAAAUAUACCGGCUCUUAACAUUUACAGUAGUGUAAAGUGUGACGCAGCUCUCUGCCGUCAAAUAACGAACAUAACGAAUGUAAAAGUUAGCGUUAAACGUGGAAAUGUAACGGGGGGCGAGCUAAUUGAGCAACUCAUGAUUAGACACGUCUAUUAGUGUCGUCGUUAUCUAAAUGAUAAAAAAAAUGAGCAAUUUCGAGGAACCCAAAGCGACUACUUCUGCACACAUAGUGAAAGAAGAGCUCUUGGCAUCAGGAAAAUGGGUGAAGCUGGAGAAGACGACAUAUGUGGACCCUGCUGGAAACACCAGAGUCUGGGAGACUGUGAAGAGGACAACAAGGCAAACCAACACAGAAGCAGAUGGUGUGGGAAUCAUCGCCCUGCUGAAACGGACGCUGCACAAAGACUGCGUAGUGAUGGUGAAGCAGUUUCGUCCUCCUCUGGGAUGCUGUUCUCUGGAGUUUCCUGCAGGAUUGAUUGACGAGGGGGAGAGCGCAGAGGCGGCUGCACUGAGGGAGCUGAAAGAAGAAACCGGCUACAAAGGGGAAGUAGUAGGAGUCACUCCAGUGACCUGUUUGGACCCUGGUUUAUCUAACUGCACCACUCAGAUUGUCAUGGUCAACAUCAAUGGAGACGAAGUGGAGAAUAUCAACCCGACACAACAGCUGGGUGAUGGAGAAUUUGUGGAAGUCAUCCUUUUACCUCUGGAUGAAUUCCAGUUGAAAAUAGACGAGCUGCUGAAGAAAGAAAAAAUCGUGGUGGACUCUAAAGUUUACAUCUUCGCCAUGGGGAUGGUGCAGGCUUUCUUCAAGCCGAGGGAGCUCCCUGUGCUCAAGCAGUGAAGAGAAGGGUUCAGGCGGCUGUCUUUUCUGUUACAUAGGGCUCCUGCACAGGACAGGAAAAAUUGGAAAUGUAUGGAAAAGGAAAUGGAGGAUUGUUGUUGCAUUGUGAUUUUUAGACUCAAUGUGACUCUGUAUUUUUAAUUUUUUUGCUGUUGAGUGUAAUUGCCAUUUAUAAAAUAAUAUGGCAGAAGGAGCAGGACAGCUGUGUGUGUGUAAGUGAAACUGAACAGCAACAAUCAAGAAAUCAAGGCAGUGGAAAAGCCUUGGAUUUAGAAACCGAGCCUAUGAAGGAGCCCUGUUUACACUACAAAUACUGGACCAGUUUUUAUUCUCAGUAUGGAGGUACUGCUACACCCUCAAGGCUUGAAACAUAUUCUAUGCAGGUAUAUAAUCAGACACUUUGAGCUGAUAACUACUUCCACACGUGUGUUACUCAGUUGUGUUUGCACUCUUGACACAGAAUAUGUUUCAGCCUUCGGUCUUAUAUGCCUUUAACAAGUGUCAAACGGUCGUUUCCAGGUUUUUAUGAGAUUACAAGUAGAAUGAGUCGUUAUUUGUUGUCAUUUUUAUUUAGUGAUUGUAAUACAUUCCUUAACAUGUGCUAACAUACUGUUUUGCCAACUUAAUGGAACAAAAGUCCACCUCUAAACACUGUUACUAUUAAAAUCUGGCUCUUAGUGAAGAAGUUUGUAAAGCUGGGCUCCAUUUAUCUGGUGUAUUCUUGUUCUCUUUGAUGAAUGUGUUGGCAGCAGCUGCAGUUAAACCGUUAAAUUAGUGUUUUUGUACUUAAUUGAUGAAGACAAUAACUAAUAGUAAAUGAUGCAUGGUGCAAUUAACUGGACAUUGAUGCUGUACCCAUCCUAGCGACUAGAAAUUACUGACCAAUAAAUAAACGUAAUGUUACCCUUGUUCUUA